ACACGCCGAGGUCACCAUCACACCCCGGCGCCGCGACUGUAGCAACUCCCGCUGGAGAUGCGAUUCAGAAUGGGGGACCCCGCGGGUAAACGGUGUCCCAGACGGUGGUGCGUGCACUCCAAAUGGGGCGGGGGAUUAGCCGCCCACGGGGACCCAGCUCUUGUGGACGAAAAAGAGGAAUGCACAUUGGCACUGGUAUCCACGCUAGCACCAGCCUCCCUACAGCUUUAUCCGCUCAACCCGCUCACCUCAUCGCGGCCGUACAUAAGCUCCACUGGGCCUGGCAACUUUGGUCUCUCGUCAGCUCCUCCGUUCCCACCCCAAUAUGACCGACGUACAGUACAAGGGCGACAGCAAGGGCGAUGUCGAGAUCGCUGAAGUCGAGCACGAGAAAGGCCUCAGCGGUGGCACGCAUGGCCCCGUCGACAUCGACGAUGGCUACACGCAAGCUGAAAUCCGCAGUACCACACGUAAAGUUGAUCGGCGCCUCAUUCCUGUCCUCUCCCUACUCUACUGCAUCUCGUUCAUCGACCGAACCAACCUCUCUCUCGCACGCGCCGCCAACAACCAGGUCAUGAACAAGGAGCUCGACCUCCUCGGCGGCAACAACCGCUACGGCCUCGCCACUCUCAUUUUCUUCGUCCCCUACAUCAUCUUCGAGAUUCCAUCUCAACUUGGCCUUCGCGCGUUCGGCGCCCGCUGGUGGCUGGGCACGGCUUGUUUCCUGUGGGGCGUCGUCAUGAUGUGCUUCGGUUUCGUCACCAACUGGCAGGGCCUGGUUGGUCUGCGUGCCGUCUUGGGCCUGUUUGAAUGUGCGCUGUUCCCUGGUGCCACUUACCUCAUUUCAUGCUGGUACCCACGUCGGCAGAUGGCAACGCGCACGACAUUCUUCUACGUUCUUUCCGUUGUUGUGUGUGGUCUGAGCGCGACGCUCGCGUACGGCCUCUCAAAGCUUCACGGUCGCGGCGGAUACAGCGGUUGGCGCUGGAUCUUUAUCAUCAACGGCAUCAUGACCAUGGUUAUUGCCGUCAUCGGUAUGAUCUUCAUCGUCGACUUCCCCGACAGGGCCAAGUUCCUCAAGCCUGAGGAGAAGGAGCUCAUCGAGACGCGCAUUGAGCGCGACCGCGGCGACGCUGAAUACGAUCCCAUGACGCUGCGCAAGUUCUGGUCUUACGUUUGCGACCCUAAGCUCUGGGUGUUCGCCUACAUUUUCUGCACGUCGGGCACCUCGACCUAUGCCCUCAGCUACUUUCUCCCUCGUAUUCUUCUGCAGAUGGGGUUCAAGGGCUUCAAGAGCCAGAUUCUUGUGGCGCCUCCCUACGCCUGGGUCCCGAUUCCGGCCAUGGCCACCGCCAUCCUCGCCGACAAGUACCACCAGCGUGCCCUCGCCAUCUCUCUCAACUCGCUCCAGGUCAUCAUCGGCACGUGCAUGUACUCGAAGCUGGGCGCAAACCACAUCGCUGCACGCUACGCGGGUGUCUUCAUUGCUGUUGGUGGCUCUAACGCCAACAUGCCCCUCGCCAUCUCGUGGGCUCAGACUGCCAUUCGUCGCCAGAGCAAGCGUGGAUACACCUCCGCCAUCGUCGUCGCUUUCGGCGGCAUCUCAGGUAUCAUUGCAGGUACCUCGUUCAUCGAGAAGGAGGCCGCCAGCGGAUACCCGACCGGUAUUAACAUCACAUUGGGAAUGACCGGCGGCUCCAUCCUCUGCUGCUUCGGCCUCUGGGUCUGGUUCAAGCUUGAGAACCGCAGGGCCGACCGCGCGGGCAAGGUUCUCGAGGAGCACCCCGAUUUCCGCUACCAGACUUGA